AUGACUUCGUCGCGCAACACCUCAGCAGGACACUCGACCGGUGCCACCCAUGGCUCGGCUAACACCCAAAACAAUAGAAACCAGGCAGGUCAGAGCAGUGGCAGCAACUCAAAACCCGGUUCGUCUUCCUACACAUCGUCCUACUCGUUCUCUGCUACCACCACCCAUGCUCAGCAAAGCAGCCGUUCCGAGCCCUUCAACACGCAGGCGCCGCAUGUACAGGGAAACCAGGGCGACGUGGCAGCGGCCGAGAAACGCCAGCAGCAGAAUGCGGAAUGGCAUAUUGGAGCAUUUGAUGACCAGUUCAACGGCCAGAAUCAGGGCCAGAAUAAACAGCAGUAG